GCGAGAUGGCUCAAGUGGUUGGAGCGCGAAUCUACUGACCGGAAGUUCCGUGGUUCAAACCCAACCUCUGCUUCACGAUUUCCCCUGUCUAACCUUGGGCAACCUGACAGUAUCCCAGCCCUUGUGCUUCCUUUAGGUAGCAUGACAGCUAGACACCGAAUGGGUGUUACAGCUGAACGACGAUAUAAUCCCAGCGUUAUAUUUCCAAAGAGAAUAACCAAAAAUCAUGGUAUGGUUUGUGACACGUGUUGGUCCACAGAGCACUGUUUCCAACAUUGCGAAGGUGAAGAACACCCCAACUUGCUUGGAGUCUUCCGCAGUGUACUACAUCUACUGAUGUUAUCAACCCUUCAUUUGAGUGUUGCAGGAAGAAGAAGAAGUGUUGCGGCCGUACAAUUGCUAAUUCUGAGCCCACUCCUGGAAGUUUGCUGCUCACUAAAUUCUUCUCGUGGUGUCGACCAUCACAAAAGUCAGCUGGGAAGUGUCGUUCCGGAUGAGAACGAAGUGUUUCGUCUACUGCGUUUACAAAACUCAGUUGGAGAUGAGUUGUUUUUGGACUAUGUGGUUGAGAACUGGUUACAGCUUGCCCAUCGACUGGCUAAGCUGAGUCAGGGAAUGGCCACCAGAAUUUUUCUGGAAACAGUGGAAAGGUUUGCAAGCAAAUCCACUCAUAAGGUUACGCUGUUAUAUGUGAAGGCCACACUGGCCUUCGUGGAGGGACAGUACCAACUUUCACGGGAUCUUCUUGCUGAAACUACGAAGUUGGAUCCAUCGGAUGAAAAUUUCUGGCUUGCUUGCACCAUCUUGCGCAUGGAUACACUCAGCGCGGAUCCGAAUUUGGCAGCCCGACGUUUACCAGCAGCCGAUGUGCUUCUUGACUUCGAACCUUCGCUCAGAAGACGUAUACCCAUGCACUUUGGGCAAAAUGCUGUACUCGAGGAUUUAAAGGCAACUGAGGCUCAACUGACUAGACGUCCCGACGCCUGGCCAUUCCGGGCGGGUUGGUAUGCAUAUCAGCGAGGAUUAUUACUUGCUCGACAGGGUGAACUCGAAGCACGACUGGAUGAGUCGAGCCACCAACUAACACAAAUACACUUUCAUCCAAUUAGUCUUGUCGUUCCUGCACAG